AAGUUGAAAAUGUAUUAGAAUAAGUAUGGUAUCUUCAUUAUUGGGAGUCACUCCUUUGUUGAGACCAAAUGAAGAAUUGAAUGAUGUAUGGAGCAAUCGAGAUCCCUUGGAAUUACUCAGUGAAAGUGUUUUAAGGCAAUGGUAUAAUGAACUUGUUAUUAGAAAAGAGAUAUACAAUGGUUCUAAAAUAUACUUAAACCGACUUGGUCAUUCAACAUACAAAGCACCAAAUGGUCAUUAUUAUUGUGGAGAGAAUUGUUUAGAGUGCACAUGUUGCAGUAGCACAUGUGGUCCUUCUCAAGGAUGCAAUUGUGCUUCUUGUGAAGAAGUUGAAAAAACAAUAAAUGAUGGAAAAGAUCCUUGGAAUUUAUUUGAACCAACCCAAGUAUUUGAGUCGUGGACGUGGGGUCCCAAUGCUACAUUAUCAGAGUUAAAUAUUUUUUGUAAGCAAGUUUCCCACAAACAACUAAUUCUUCUAAGGAACUGUGUUGAUACCUCUUUACCAAUGAGUAAACUUAAAGCCAAGAUAUAUGUGUAUGCUCGGUUUUUAUCACUCAUGUCCCGGAAAUAUGGAGUGUUUACCGAAAAAGAAAGUAAAGUAAACAAUUCCAAAGAAAUUGAUUUGAGUUCAAGCAUAAAAGACUCUUCUUUAUUGAGCAGAAGAUCACUAAUUGGUAAUGGUGUUAGAGUUAUAUUUAAGUUUUUAAACAAAAUGUUACACAAAUGUUGGCAAGAUGGUAGUAAUAUCGAGCUUUGCUCUGAACUAAUUGACGAUGGACUUCAGGUCAUCUCAAGUAUAAAAAAGCCAUUCUUGUAUGAUGAAGAAGAUCAAAUAUUUACUGUUACUGAAGAUUUGGUUAUUAUAAUUGGGAAGUUAUUACUUAUUAAUUCAACUCAACAUUUAAGUUUGGAAGUGAGGAAAAACUUGCUUUUAUUAAUGUUAGAGCUUGCAUUUCAACAAGGUUCUCUUGGAUCUAUAAUUAAUUUUAUGGUUGUAUGCCUAAAAGUUGCAAAAGAUAAGAUCAUGAACUAUGCUGAUUUACACCCAACUAUUCAAAAAAUGUACCAAUAUUCAAUUGAUACAAGCUUUGUUAAAGAAAUACUAUUGAGGACUAGAGUGGACCUAUCAUUGUAUGACUGCAUUGGGUAUGAAAAUUUACUUAACGACUUUAUUGAAAGUGAGAAUAACGAUAUCAUGUUGCAAGUGGUUCAUAUUAUGAAAGUAUGCAUGCAUAUUGUUAAACCAUAUCAACUUGGUGUCAUUAAAGCUGAGAGAAAAAAGAAUAAUUGUGAUUUAUUGGUUUGGGGAAAUCUAAAAGUUCUCAAUACACUAAAAGAAGAGAGAAAUCUUGAUAUAAAAAUUGCUUCCAUUUGUUGCACAGAAUUGUUUUUUGUAAUAUUGACUUUAGAUGGGAAAAUAUACUCUUGCAGCUAUGAAACUGAAGCUCUUGUAUUAGAGGUGUACCAGGAAGUCAUGAAUAUUGAAAUAGUCUAUUUACAAUGCUCAAAUGAUGGUCAUUUUAUAGCAUUAGACAAAAAUAAAGCUGUAUACACUUGGAGACAUAAGAGCAAAUUUGAACAUCUCACAUCUGUACCUAUUCAUUGCAAAAAUGGGAUAAGUAAUGUAUUUGCUGGAUAUGGCCAUUUUGCUGCUUUGUCAACUUCAUCAGAAUUAUUUAUUUGGAAAAAUGAAUUAUCUGGAGAACAGAAUAAUAAACAAAUUGUUCCACUGACGUUUUCUGAGUUUGGUAACAGUCGUGUUGUUGAUGUUACUUUUUCGCAAUAUCAAUCUGAAGUUAUAAUUGUUACUGAAGGAGGGUAUAUAUGGUCAUGGCAAAAUGACACUGUUGACUUACUUACCAAAGAAAGCAUUGAGAUCAGUAAAGUUUAUAUUGCAAAGUAUUUCUACAUUGUUUUAAGCAUUAAUGGCCAUGUCUGGAGAUGGGGAAAAGACAGGUUUAGUAAGAAAACUUUUAAAGAAAAAAUUUGUUUACAGUCUAUUGAAAAGUUAAGUAAAGAAAGUGUUUUGACAGUCAGUGUUGGAGCUUACCAUUGUAUUGCAUUAACACAAUCCUACAAUGUAUAUUGUUGGGGUGGUUUGGGUGGUAAAGAAGAAGAUGAAAGUUUAAUACGUGAGCCAGUGUUAUUAGGCUGGGUGAGCUCUUUGAAUAUAAACCAUAUUAUGGCAGGGCCACAUCAAAUUUUUUGCUGGUCAGUUUCUCUUACAAAGAAACUCAAAAAGAAAAUUCCUUUCGGUAUUGAAAUAAAGACUAGAUCAUUAAAGCAGUUAUCAAUCUUGCUGAUUGAAGCCAGCUUGAUUGAGAAUGUUGUUUAUAAAAAAGAAUUUAUUUGCAAUAUUCUUUCACUAAUUAAACUUCAGUUUGAUUCAGCUCGAGCUCAUAACGUUUCACCAGAUAAUAUUGGGUUUGGUAGCAUGAAAAAUUUUAAUGUGGACUUAAAAAAUGUGAUAAUGACUUUAAUGACUAAUGAAGAAUACAAUGCUGCUGCAGGAGAAGUCCUAGAAUCAGGAUGGUCAUUUUUAUUUCCUUCUUCAGAAAACAUUGCUACGACGAUUACAGAAUUAAUGAGAGAUGUUUCAGAUAAAAGUUUCAAACAUGAGUUUUUGUUACAACUUCUUAUGAAAGGUAUUCUCCAAAAUAAUGGCCUUGAAGAACUAAUUGAAAAUACUUUGCAAAUUAUUUCUGAAGCUGGGGGUAAAAAUAACAAUGAUCUGGUGCUUUAUUGCUUUGUGCAAGCUCUAUUAAAUAUAAGUGAAAAUGUAGGAGAAAGUAAACCAUCUGUUUACUUGGGUGUGAGUGGUGUUUUAUUGAAGUUUCAAAGACUGUUGUUUGCUAAAGUUUUCAAGUUAAAUGAUACGGACAUAUGCUGGCCAGCCAGAUGUUUUGCAUAUGAGCUUGGACCAUCAGUGAAAGCAUUGUCAAACAUGAUAAGUUUUUAUAUGCAGCAAUUGCAGACCUGUUGCAAAAAUAUGCUGGCAAGUAAUCAAGUUAACUUGACAAAACUAGAACAUUAUGUUUUGAGUCCUAUUGGUGCACUAUUCCACGAAUUUGUUAUUUACAUGAUCAUACUUCAAAAUUAUGCACCUGUUAUUACCUCAAAUUGUGAUGGAAUGUCUCAUUUAGCUGAUUUACUUGAUGCAUACAAUGUGUUUAACAGUUCUUGUAAGAUAUCUGCACUAAGUCGUUGGUCGGUAUUUUUUGAUUCUGCCACAAUGCUUGAUCCUUUAAAGGAAAAGAAAGAAGACAACUUGUGUAAAUCAUCUGAAAAAGGUUUUGUUGAGAGGUUUGCCGAACAAGAAGUUACUCUUGCAUUUUCUGCUGUUUCAAGCGAGCUGAAAGCAAUAAAUAAGAAUGGCAAAUGUAUUAGCAAUGUGGAGAAAUCCGAUGCAGAGAAUUUAUUUUUAGAAAUUGAACAUCAUAUAGCAUUUCUUCUUGGGCUACAUUGUGCUUACCUUGCUCAUGGCUUUUAUCCGAUUCCAGAUGAGAUAAUUAAUGAUUAUUGGCUUAAAUCAAGACUUUUCUCAUCGGGACUUAAUAAAGAAUCAAUAUUUAGCGAGGAACUGCUUAAUGAAAGAAGGUUUUCUGUUCAUAAACUAUUGCAAAAAGAUCCUUCAUAUGAAGUAAAUUUGUUGACAGAAUUUUUAUUGAAUACUUGUCAGCCUUCAUCUCAGUCUAGUAUGAUCAAUUAUCCUUUGUGUAUGGAAACAAUGAUGAGAUCACAUCUUGCAGCUCUAAUACGGCAUUGUGGUCUAGAAGAGGAAAUGUUGCAAAUCACACUUGAACUUCUAAGUGAAAAGAGUCCUAAGCCUUCAAAAGAUAUGAAAAGCAUCAUUAAAGCUGUCCACAAACAGAAACUAGUUGUCAUGCAAAAACGACAAGAAUCUGGUAAAUCAUAUUCAGAAAUUUGUACUCCAAUCAUUACUCGGUGUAAGUUUCUUUGUACAAGUUUAAACCCUUGUGUUGUUCCUGUAGCUCAAAUUAAAUCAUUAUGGCUACAUUGUGUCUAUACAAUUAAAGCAAAGCUUGGUUAUAAUUGGGACAUUUUAAAAUGGUCAAGUGCAAACAAGUGUUUAUCAAUUUACAACAGCGAAGAAAUUGUGAAAGAUAUCUGUAAGUUUAUUCAGGAAGAUGAAGCGAAUUUGGAUGUGCUUCGAAAAUGUUUUCUUGUUCAGGUCAAGCGUGCUAAACAUAGAUUAAUUGCAGGAUACUUGAUGCAGUCUUUAUGUAUUCGACAACAUCUUAAAGCUCAUGUUCAACUUGCUAUGAUGUUUGGUUGGCUUUGUGUUUUUUCACCAGGUGGCUCUGUGAGUAAUACCAAACCUGACAUUCUUAAUCAUAUUGAGCUUGUUCCAAGUGAUGAUGUUAUUAAGUUAAAAGAGGUGUACAAAGGAUUUGAAAACUAUGUUAUCAAGUAUCUACUUAAAGGUUUAGAAAGAGUGAUAGAUAACCAUUCUGAAGAACAAGGUAUAAAAGAUGCAGAUUUUAAUGAUUCUUGUUGGAGUUACAUUAUUACAUCUAUUACUUUGUUAUGUUCAUCAUUAAUGUCAGGAGAUGUAGACAUCCUCAUACAGUGUGGUUUGCUAGAGAAGAUUAGAACAGUUUUAGCAUUAUUUAAACUAUCAACAGAUACCAACAUUCUUAUAUCCUCACAUGAAGACAACUACUUUGAUAGCAGCAGAAAUCAAUUCAAAGAAAAAGAAUUGGCUUCUAGUAUGCAUGUUGGUAGUCGUGUUGUGAGAGGAUUAGACUGGAUAUGGGAUGACCAAGAUGGUCAGAGUCCGAGCGAAGGAGUUGUUGUUAGUGAUAUUGGUACUGAUGGUUGGGUGCGUGUGCGUUGGGAUGGUGGUAUAACAAAUUCAUAUCGUAUGGGAAAAGAUGGAAAGUAUGAUCUUCAGUAUUCCACAGAACAACAUCAGUAUAUAGAUAAAGCCAAGAAACUUCCACCCAUAAUUCCUGUGAUUGCAGUAAAAGAUUCAUUACAAUCAAUGCUUAUAGUGAUGCUUUCAAAAGCUGCUCUUCUUCAAAACCAAUUUUUAUCUAGCAGUGUAUGUCUUAUAGCAAAUUUUAUAAUAGAACUACUUAAGGAAAUUGUAGAACAUGAAUCGUGCAGUUUGGGAGAUAAAAUAUCAGCUCAUUCACUUUUUGGUUUUUUUCGUGCUUUGUGUAUAUCAAAUCCUAUCAAAGAACUUCUCUCUAAAGAAGAUUUUGUCAAUUUGAUCAUGAGAAUGUUUGAAUUAACCUUACUCAAAAAAUCUGUUAGUUACCAGACUCUUCUUAUCCAGUUGCAGAUGUUAAAACAAGUUGGGUACUUAGUAACUUCUUCAGAGUUAGUCUCAUAUAAUGGAAUGUGGAAGAAAGAGUUUAUAAAAUCUCUGUUUAAAAUACUUCAUACCUUACUUUCACCUCGUAAUGUUUACACAACUGAUGAAAAUGAAGGGAGAAGACUGUGCAUGGCUGCAAGUUCUGUUUCUAAUCUGGCAGAAGAAAUUGUAGCAACUUUAAAGCUUCUUAGACAGAAUAUACCCUGGAAGCAAUUGAUUAGUUUGGAAAUCAGUAAAUUAUUGAGAAUAGAUUUAGACUGUCAACUAUCUGAAAAGGUUCAACGUAGUGUAUUUGUUGGAAUCUCUGCUAUUGUUGGUGUUGAGCAAAGAAUUUGUAUAAAUGGUUCUGCAAUUUACAAAUCUGAGCUUGUAAAUAUAGGCCAUUUAUUGCAUAAUGGACAUGUUGUGGUACAUUUAUCUAAUUCUCGUAUACCUGUUGAAAGUGCUCCAACAGAUAUUGCAAUGAUUCCUAGGUAUGACUUUGAUCUGGAUUGGUUUUCUGAAUAUUGUUCUGGGUUUGAAAAGUUGUCAAGCUUGUUUACACUGAUGAUGUCACCCAAACUUUUGUUCGGGAAAAGUUUAGGAAAUGGAGAAUAUGAAUAUCAUACUAAUGGUAUUCGCGUUUUUGUCUCUGCCAUGCGAAUUUUCAGUCAAAUCUCCUCCACUUUAUUUAUGAAAGUGUUUAAUUUAAGCGGACAAUUAGUGAAUGAUUUUCUUACAAAAGCUCUAUGUUCCUCAGUUAUUCAAACAACCUAUGAUGAGGAUGAGUUACAGCUUGCAGUAUUGGCACUUUCUGAAAAGCCAGUUAGUUCCCCUUCGACAACAAAUACUGAUAGAAUUACUCCAUGUCCAAAUUUUCAUUCCAAAGAAAACUUGAACAGGAGUAACAUUUCAUCAUAUGCUGAAAAUAUUUCAUCAGCUGAAAACAAAAACUCGCAUGAUUUGUUUAAUCAGUUAGUUGGAAUGGGUUUUUCUAUGGAUUCUAUUCAAAAAGGUUUUCUUGAGUUAGGCAAUGAAAUACGUCCAGAGCUGUUAGUUGCAUGGUUACUGGAGCAUCCAUAUGUAGAGGAUUUGGGAAAAAAUCUAUCUAACACUGAAUUCAAAGAAAUGGAAUUAAAUCAUUCACUUAAGAUUGGCUCUCCUAUAGAGUGUAUAAAUCAAACUGAUGUUAUAAUGAGAGGAGACAGAGGCAUUGUUGUCAAGAUUUUAAGUUUUACUGAAAAUGUCUUAGUUCAUUGGGAAAGAUUAAAUAAAAUUAUUUGGAUACCGGAAGAAAAUAUUAUACCUGUGAACAGUGAUGUUAAAGAAAUACCAUUCAUUAGUGUUCAUGAAUGUAUUAAAGAUGUUACAGUGUCAACCGGUACAUAUCCAGUUCUUAAAGGUCUGAAUGUACACAGCAAAGAGUUCUGGAUGCAUCUUGAAUUAGAUCCGUGUUAUAUUGUCAAUGAUCUUAGUAUUGUUGUUACGGCAACUAUUCCUGGAAUAAACUUUAUUGUCAGUGGAGGAGAUAAUCCAAGGAGCAUGAAAAUCCUUUCUGAGGGGUUUGCUACAUUUGGUCAAUCUGAAAUUCAUUUACUUACUAAAAACAUUGGUUUUACUAAAACAAUUGAAAUUAAACUGCUAACAAGAACAUUACAGUUAUAUCAAGUUGUUGAUCUAAAGUUAAAAGCAGAUAAAAUUAAUCCUGAUUUUCAAAAGCAUAUUUUAAGCAUGUUUUACACUCAGAACAGAAAACUUUCAAUCAGCGAGUCAAAAGAUGAUGAGUUAUGUACAUUGUGGGAAAAUUCAACUAAUAAGCAGGUGGACGUUUUUAUGUGGGGUUUAAAUGACAAGGAUCAACUAGGAGGAUUAAAAGGCUCUAAAGUUAAAUCUCCAACUUUGUGUGACCAUCUAUCAUCUCUUCAAUGUAAGUUUAUUGCAGGAGGAUCAAAAUCAACUUUCUUUAUUACAAACAAAGGUAAGCUUUAUAGUUGUGGGGAGUCUUCAUUUGGAAAGUUAGGUAUUGGAGACAUAACUGGUAAUGUUACUAGUCCACGCCUUGUUACUGGACUUAACCAACUAAUAGUAACAAAAGUUUCAGUCCAUUCUGGAGGAAACCAUGUAAUGGCUUUAACAUCAGAUGGAUUAGCAUUUUCAUGGGGUGAUGGAGAAAAUGGACAACUUGGUCAUGGAAAUCUGAUGUCCUGCAGUAAGCCACAUCUAAUUGAAGCUUUUGUCGGCAAAAUUGUGACUGAUAUUUCGUGUGGGAGUGCUCACUCUGCUGCUAUUGUUGAAAACAAAUAUCUGUACACUUGGGGUCUUGGUGAUUUUGGUCGUCUAGGACAUGGGGACGAGGAGACAAUUUUACAACCAAAGUUUGUUACCCAUUUUCUUGGUUACAAUGUGGUCCAAGUGUCAUGUGGAAGCAGAGAUGCUCAAACUGUAUGCAUUACUGAUGAUGAUAAAGUAUGGUCUUGGGGUGAUGGAGAUUUUGGUAAAUUGGGUCGAGGUGGCAGUGAGAGGUGUUUGAUACCAGUGGAAGUAGAGCAACUGCGAGGAUUGCAAAUUUGCAAAAUUCUAUGUGGAGCUCAAUUUACUGUUGCACUAACAAAAACUGGAACGGUGUGGACUUGGGGUAAAGGUGAUUUUUAUAGACUUGGCCAUGGUACUGAUAUUCAUGUUAGACAGCCAAAAUUAGUAGAAGGUUUGCGAGGGAAGCAUGUCAUUGAUAUAGCUGUUGGUGCUUUGCACUGUCUAGCUGUUACUCAAGAUGGUGAGGUUUUUUCUUGGGGAGAUAAUGACCAUGGACAACUAGGCACUGGUGAGACUGAUGUAAAGAAGGUUCCAAACCUGAUAACAGGAUUGCAUAAUCAUAGAAUAAAGUAUGUUGCAUGUGGUUCUUCACACAGUAUUGCUUGGACAGAAAUCACCACUUCAGCUUGUAUUAUUGAUAAGCCACUUUCUUUUGAAGUAAAUUAUGAUCCAAUGGCAACCAAUUUAGUUAAAGUAAAGGAAAAUGAUGAGGUAUUUGUUUCUGGCUUAUCUAAGUUUCUCAAAGAACAACGACCUCCUCUAAUAAGAUCAGUUAUGCAAAUAAAUUCAAUUUCAUUGAAAGAAGAAGUUUUAAAAAAUAUAAUGUACGCAUUAGAAAUAUUGCUUGCGCGAUCUAUUUUAUGCAAGUUAAUGGAACAUUCAGAUGGUUUCUUGAACAGACACUAUACUAAUGAAGAGGAUUACAUCAGUCAAAUUUUAAAACUUUAUAAACUUGGUCUUUGUGGACAUUUAACUAAGAAAAAUUUGUUGAUUAUUGAAUCUUAUUUAAAGAAAGAAUGCUCAAAAAGUGUAAAGUUAUGUAAAUAUUUGGUUGAUGUUUGUAUACAUGAGCUUGAUGAAAAACACAGGCAGUCUGUUUUAAUACAAGAUAAAUAUAAACCAAUUAUUCAAGAGAGUCCGCAUCCUUACAAUGGUGCUCCUGGAGCUUUGCUUCUUGGUUCUGUAAAAUAUCCUGGUGUUGCCUAUCUUGAAGUUGAAUUUGAUCCUCAAUGCCAAAUUGAAGCCAAACAUGAUGUAUUGAUUAUUACAGAUAAAAAUGGAAAGUUGUUAGUUGAAAAAACUGGAGAUUCUGUUGAAAUGUGGAGCAGUAAGCUUAAAGUAGCUGGUGAUGAAAUAAAUUGGAAAUUCACUACCAACAGUCCUGGUGGUUUGUGGGGCUUUCGUUUUACUGUCAUUCCUGUUAUACCAAUAGAAGAGACUGAUCUAGAUUGUUUAUCAGAUGAAGCAGUUUUAGAAAUUCCUUGUCUAAAUUUUGUUAAGAGUCUUCUAGGGUUUGGUAUAACAAGUAAAGUCCAUGAUGAAUUAGUAAUUUUAAAGAUAAUUUCGUCUCUUUGUAAGUGUAUCACAUUGAAAUCAGCUAACACUAAAGAAAAGAUUUGGAUGCUUUCCAAAUUACAUUUCCUUUUAUUAUCACAUAAUGCUCCACCUGUUGAUAUUCCAAUGAUAUUUAACUGUAGUCAAACACAAAGCACUUUUUUGUGCAAGGUUAGACACAAUGGAAACCAACAUAUUAAAGAGGCCGUUUCUCAGUCUCCACUCUCAGAGUUUAUAAUAGGAGUUCCAAAAGCUUUGCUGGAACAAUACACAUUUGAAGAGAAAAAAAUAAAGAAUUGUGAUCAACUCAUGUUUUCUACAUUUUUGAGGACAUUGGCAUUAUUUGCAUGCUCUCUUGGAUUGGAUUCAAUGCCUUGUUGUUCAGACAAGCAGCAGUGGGCAUGGUUCUCUCGGUAUUGUACUGCUGUUCGGACAGCACAUAGUUUUAUACAAAAUACGUCUUUACCCAAGCAGUUUGUUGAUGAUGUGAGAGAGAAAUUAGUAGAGAUAUUGCAAGUUAAUGAAUCUCCAUCUCUUGACUAUGAAAAACAUGUUUUUAGCAAAUCAGAAGAUUGGCAACUUCUGACAUGGAUGAACAGAAAAUCUCAAGACUGGAACAUGAUUUGGGCUGGAGCUGGUACUGUUUAUGGUUGGGGUCACAAUCAUCGUGGUCAGCUUGGUGGUGUAAGUGGAAUAAAAGUAAAAUCACCUGUUCUUUGCUCUGCUAUUGCUGCUAUUAAACCUGUUCAAAUAAUUGGAGGAGAACAAACUUUUUUCUUUCUUAAUUCUGAUGGAAAGGUAUUUGCAACAGGAUAUGGAAACAAUGGUCAGCUUGGAUUAGGUUAUUCAGAAACAGUAACUUCCCCUCGCUUACUAGAAUCAAUCAAACACAUAAACAUAAAAAAAAUCUCUGUUCACUCUGGUGGUAGGCAUUGUUUGGCUCUUUCAUCAGAUGGGGAAGUGUUCUCAUGGGGAGAAGGAGAAGAUGGAAAGUUAGGCCAUGGAAAUAGACAGACAAGUAGUCAACCAAAACGAAUUGAAUUUUUUUGUGGAAAAAUAAUAACUAAUAUUUGUGCUGGAGGUUCUCACAGUGCAGCUAUUGGUUUAAAUGGGGAGUUAUACACUUGGGGAAAAGGGCGUUAUGGAAGACUUGGUCAUGGUGAUAGUGAUGAUCAGUUGAAGCCAAAACAAGUUGAAGCAUUGCAGUUUUUUUUUGUUCUUGAUGUAGCGUGUGGUAGCGGUGAUGCUCAAACAUUAUGCAUUACAAACGAUGAUAAUGUUUGGUCAUGGGGUGAUGGUGAUUAUGGAAAACUAGGACGAGGUGGGAGUGAUGGAUGCAAGGUACCUAUGAUAAUUGAAGAUUUGUCAGGAAAAGGUAUUGUGAAGGUAGAAUGUGGUUCGCAAUUCUCAAUGGCACUCACAAAAUAUGGUGUUCUUUACACAUGGGGAAAAGGAGAUUAUUAUCGCUUGGGUCAUGGUACAGAAGAACACGUGCGGCGUCCAAUGAUGGUAACAGCCCUUUUUAAUAAAAUUGUUACUUCAAUAUCAUGUGGUUCAUUGCACUGUGUUGUUUGCACUGAUGAAGGUGAAGUGUAUUGUUGGGGAGACAAUGAUGAAGGUCAACUUGGUGAUGGCACUAUCAUAGCUCGACAAACGCCGACUUUAAAUACAUUCUUACUAAAUAAAAAGAUUGAUCGAAUAUCUUGUGGAUCAGCCCACACCAUUGCAUGGUCUACAAGUAAAGCAAGUGAAAGAAGAAGUUUGCCAUUAGAAGUCCCGGUUGAAUACAAUAAUUUAAAGCAUCUACCCAUGAAUGCUUUACGUGAUAGAGCGUUUCUUUUAAAUAGCUUUUCAAAGUUGAUUUGUUUAUGCUUUCCUUUGCUUGAUCUCGUUCCACAAGAUACAGAUGUUGAAGAACCUAUGAUAAAUUCUUUGAGGCGCAUAAUCCUAUUUUCAUUUAAGGAAUCAAUAAUGAGAAAAGUAAUUGAAUCGACUUCAAUACGUGAUCAACAGCACGGCCCUGUUGUACAACUUAAUAGGGUCGUAAAGCAUCGUCAAUUACGUGGUUCUAAUAUAAAUCAAUCAUUGUUUGCUCAACUAGCUUGGUUGAUUAAUGAAUUUCCAUCUGACAGUUUUCGUUUACCUAAUCGAAUGUGGAAAGUUAAGUUUGUUGGCGAGUCAGUUGAUGAUUGUGGUGGGGGGUUUUCGGAAUCUUUAGCGGAAAUUUGUGAAGAAUUAAGAAACGGUAGUCUUCCGAUCCUUUUGCCCACUCCCAAUAACGUUGAAGAAAACGAUCAAGAUUACGAUUGCUUCAUGCUUAACCCAGGUCUAAAGCAUCCGAAUGCCAGAGAUCUAUUUCGCUUUUUUGGUAUUUUGCUUGGAAUAGCUGUGCGCACUGGCCAUCCCAUGAGUUUAAAUUUAGCAGAGCCUAUGUGGAAACUGUUAGUUGGCUCAAAUAUCACUUUAGAAGAUAUUGGAGAUAUGGAUCGUGGUUUUUUUGCCAAAUAUUCAUAUCUUCUUACGGUAAAAGGUGCCGAUCUUGAAGCUGUUGAACUGCCAUAUGUUGUCCUUAGUGCUGGUAGAGAAGAAAUUGUUCUAAGUGAGUCUCAUAAAACAAUAAACGAAUUAAACAAAAUGGAAUACCUUAAGUCUGCACUCUUUUACAAACAACACGAAUUCGAUGAAAUUGUGGGUUGGAUUCGAUUUGGAAUGGCUCAAGUAAUACCUGUUCCUGUAUUAUCAUUAUUCACCGGUUCCGAAUUUGAAACUAUAGUUUGUGGAAGCCCUGACAUUCCAGUGGAAGACUUGCGUUCUUUAACAUCAUACAAAGGGAUAGAUCCUCUUUCUCCACUAGUUGGUUGGUUUUGGCGAGUUUUAGAAGAUUUUACUAAUCAUGAGCGAUCGUUAUUUUUAAGGUUUGUUUGGGGACGAACGCGCUUACCUAGAACGCAUGCUGAUUUUCGAGGAAAAGAUUUUAUAUUUCAGGUUUUAGAUAAAUACAAUCCACCAGAUGAGUAUCUUCCAGAAUCCUACACCUGUUUUUUCUUACUUAAAAUGCCAAGGUACACAAACUAUGAAACACUUAAAGAGAAACUAAAAUAUGCUAUUUAUUUCUGCAAAUCUAUAGACACAGAUGAUUAUGCGAGGAUUGAGUCAGCAAAUCUAUAGACACAGAUGAUUAUGCGAGGAUUGAGUCAGCAAAUCUAUAGACAGAGAUGAUUAUGCGAAGAUCGAGUCAGCAACUAGCUAAUUGGUAAUUAAGUCUAGUUGUCCCGUUAAGUCUGGUUGUUUCGUGUUUCAUUCUAUUAUAAUUUUUUGAAUUAUCAGAAAACUUAGUUUAAAAAAAAAAAGAGAAAAAGGAAUUUAUGUCAUAAAUUGCUUAUUUAACAUUUAUUGUUUGUAGA